AUGACCCCGCUGCCCGCGCCCCCCGCGCGCCUGCGACGUCGCGACGCGUGUGACGCCCCCGCCGGCAUCGUCACCACCAUAAGGGACACGGUCAGCUGUAGUUGGAUAUUUUACAGUAACAGUAGCGGGUCAACACCGGCGGAGGGCGGAGCUCAGCCACCGUCGGAGCCCGACCCUGACCUCGACUCCAUGCACAUGAUGCUCGAUCCACACCUGAGACCCAUCUCGCCGGACCUCAACAACGAGGAGUCCAAGCGCAUCUUCGAGGAACACAAGCAACUAGCGCAAGAGUACCUUAAAACGCAGACUGAGUUAGCGUAUUUGAGCAAUCACAAAUCAGAGUUGGAGGAAAAUAUGGACUCAGACGAGCUCCGGCAGAAAAGAGAAAUUAUACAACUUGAAAAUGAGAAGGACUCGUUACUUAAAUUAUACUGUACCCUCAAGAAGCAGUUAGCGCGAGCUGAGAACGAAAGUUGGUUACUACAAGAGGAUAUGCCACACGAGUGA